CCUAACAAGCUCGACGCUGGAGGGGGACCUUUGUCCUUUUAUUUAUGGUCCAUUCCCCGAUGAUCUCUUUUUCUUGUUCUUUUUUUUUUCCUCUUGGAGAAAAGGAAGACAUCGCUCUCUCUGCUCCCUCCCCCUUCUCAAGAAAUGGAAAGCCCGUGAUCUCUCCCUUCGCCUGGAACCUUGUUUUUUUUUUUUUUAAUCGGAAAAGAGAGAAAAGAAAAGAAAGCUGUGUAAUGGGCUGCGUCCAAGGCAAGUGCUGCGGCCGCUACCAGCCCGCCGCCGCCGCCGCUUCCUGCGAUGGCGAUCCUAUCCAUUGCCACCGCCGCCGCCGCCACCUCCUCUGCCGCAGCCCCCCGGGCUCCGCUGCCGUCCACUCCCACCGCCUCCUCCUCCAGUUCUCCUCCCUCUCCCAGUGCGGACACUACCCCGACUCCCCCGACCGCGAGAACCAGGACACACUCUGCAUCAAGACCCAUCUCCAAGGGAACCCAAACCUCCACCUCUUCGCCGUCUUCGACGGCCACGGCCAGUUCGGCGCCCAGUGCGCCACCUUCGCACGCGACCGCCUCGUCGAACACCUCGCCGGCGAUGCCAACCUCCUCGACGACCCCGUUAAAUCCUUCGAUUCCGCGUUCCUCGCCGCCAAUUCCGAGCUCCACGACAGUGAGAUCGACGACUCCAUGAGCGGCACCACGGCGAUCGCAGUUCUUGUCGGCGGGGACUCGCUUUUCGUCGCGAACGUCGGCGAUUCGAGGGCCGUCGCCGGCGUCUGGAAUGGGGACCGGGUGGUGGCCGAGGACCUUUCUUGGGAUCAGACGCCGUUCCGGAAGGAUGAGUAUGAGAGGGUGCGGCAGUGCGGGGCGAGGGUGCUCAGUGUCGACCAGGUAGAGGGCAUAAAGGAUCCGGACAUCCAGAGCUGGGGGGAUGAGGAGAGCGAUGAAGGGGACCCGCCAAGGCUGUGGGUACAGAAUGGGAUGUACCCGGGGACGGCCUUCACGAGGAGCGUCGGUGACGCGACGGCUGAGAGUAUUGGUGUCAUCGCCGUGCCGGAGGUCAUGACGGUGAAGAUCGCGUCGAACCAUCUCUUCUUCGUCGUCGCAAGCGACGGGGUGUUCGAGUUCCUCUCGAGUCAGACGGUGGUGGAUAUGGUGUCCAGAUACCCAGAUCCCCGGGAUGCUUGCUCAGCAAUUGCUGCAGAAUCUUACAAAAUAUGGUUGGAGCAUGAAGAACGGACUGAUGAUAUAACAAUCAUUAUUGUUCAUAUCAAAAACUUGAGUGAUUCAGAUUCUGUAGCAACUAAUGAAGCAAGUCAUACCAGCAUGAAGGCUUCCCUGAUGAUAUCUGCAUUCCCAGCGUCAGAAACUUGUCAUCCAAAAAGAGGGAGUUUCCUUGAGCUUCAUUCUUGUCCUUCUGACUUUCCCCUGGAACGAAAUCUCUCAUGUGUUGCUCCUUCUCCAACACAUUCUGUCUAUAGAAACGUGACAUGUGCUGACUGACUGACUGAAGCGGCUUGGUAUUCAUCCUACCUUCCAAUUUACUACGUGGCAGGAUAAGUUCAUCAGCAAUGGUGGAGGGAAUAAUUCUAUUCCUUGUGAUCUUUUAAUUUUGAGAAUCCAUUACAAGGAGCUUGCUUGUAUCAUCUUUGCCGCAUUUUCAGUAUCUCACCUUCUAGACCACUUGUAUAUAACACAAUGGCUGUUCUAAUAUGUGAGUAAAGCGGGGUGCUGAUUUGAGAAAAAAUGAUGCCUGUUGACCUUUCCAAGGACUAUUGAGUGGCCAUUGCUGCAUGGCUCUGGAAGAUGGUUGUGCACUAUUUGGCAUCCUACAUGUUAAUUUCUUGCGGAAGGCAUAGGGCAUGGAACAAAGGAUGGUGAGCAUAGAAAAUGCCUGUGUUAGGAAGUUGAGGCUUAUGAUAAGGUGACCAACGACAUUUACCAAAAAAAAAAACAAAGAAAAGAAAAGAGAGAGAAAUAACGGUAACCUUAUCGUGUCACUCUGCACUUGCUUGAAUGUCUUGUAUGCUUGAUUACCGUGUGUUCCAGAUAUUUUUUUUUUUGAGAUGGAAUGAUGAUUUCUUUUUGGUGCAA